AUGCUCACUACACUAACUACACCUGACAUCACUUCGCCUGCCAUUCUCAGCCAAGCUAUUCACCACCUGCCGAAAGGAGCCAUUCUCUAUCAGCUCCAGUGCUGGAAUGCCACCCAAUUCAUGGAUUGUAUGCAAUUGAGGGCCGACCUCACAUCCAUUCACCAGUUAAUGUCCACUGAUAUCAACAAACAUGAGUGCGAUCUUUUAUAUCAGUCCUUCGAGUGGUGUCGACUAAAUCAGAUGCAAACCACGAAAUACCGGUGCACUCAUAACCAGACACUGGAAGCCGUGUCCACAGUUCACCACUUGUUUGACAUCUUUAUGAGUUCUUCUCACUGCAGGCUCUACUACACCAACACUGCCAGCCCUGUCGUUUUGUGA